AUGGAUCAGCAUAAAGAUGUGUAUGCCUCAGCACCUUUCUCGACCAAUUCUGAUCAGACAGAUACUUUACCUUUUGGAAUGCAAACGGUGGAAUUAAGGGGCCUUCUCCUAUGGUACAACCGCGUGUUGCUAACCAUGAUCAAGAUUGCACCGUACUCCGAAGAUAUUGCAGAGGCAGCUAGGAUCAAGCAUUUGGAGUUCAAGGAAAAUCAUUUGAAGUGGUUAGAAGAUGGUAACUUACAUUCAGCAGUUUUUGAACCUGCUGAUAUUCAGAUUAAUGGUUCAGGUGAUGCAAAAUUUAGUACAAAGCCUAAAUACAGGGGCAAAUAUGUAUAG